AUGGACACGAACGCGAAGAAGCAGGCCAGCUUUGAAACUUCAUUCGAAGCCAAGCAACCAUUUCCGCCAUUGCUAGAUGAUCCUGCCUCUCCAGAAGAGGGACCGGAGAGCUAUGCGGAGGAUGAGAGCGUCACCUCGCCUGGCUAUGAAGAGGUCGAGGUCGAAGAUGAUGCCGACUUCCAAUCGCACUACUCGUUAGAACCGCAAUCCUUGUCCGACUCCGAGUCAGAUGAUUCAGACGAUGAGAUUGGGAGACAUCAUCCCUUCCGCCAGUCCACCAGCUCGCUUCAUGGACCCAAUGCCUUUGCGCCUCCUUUUUACAAUCGACCACCCACGCCGCUCCCCCCCUCGCCCUCAUUGACAUCGCUACUUCGUCCACCAUUCUCUACAACUACCUCGCGCCCAACUACACCAGAUAGCUCGGACGUCGAAACACCUAACGAUACUGAGGCUGCCGUAGCCAAGUCAGCCCGUCGCGCAACCACUGUCCCACGCGCCAGUCCCAAAGUGCCAACCUACGAAUACUAUGGGUUCGUACUGUAUUUGGCGUCCUCGCUAGCUUUCUUGAUUUAUCUCCUCUGGUCAUACCUGCCCUCGCCAUUCCUACACCAACUCGGUAUCUACUAUUACCCCAACCGAUGGUGGUCCCUCGCAAUUCCAUCCUGGAUUGUGAUGUCCAUGGUUUAUAUCUACAUCGCCCUCGCCUCCUACAAUACCGGUUACCUUACCCUCCCCAUGAAUAGCAUUGAGAGCAUUGUGGACGAGGUUGCAAACGUGGCAGUCAUCGAUGGGAAGGCGAGACGGCGACCAGGAGGAGCCACCAAGAUGAAACCUGGCGCAACAUCGUAUCAAAUCAUGGGGCCGCAGAACCGCAAGGUCAAUUGGCGAGAAAUUUGGAGUGAGGGCACCGAUGCCGUCAUGGAUAUCCCAGUUGGCGGUGUAUGCGAGGUUCUAUAUGGGCAAGAGCGCGAUGAGGAUGGAGCACUCGUGAGCUCUUUAUCUGCAGACUCGUAG